GCUUCGCUGCCCCAUCUUCCCUUCCCUUCCCUUCCCUUACGCAACACAACCCAACCUCCCCGCUCUCUCUCUCUCUCUUCAAUGGCGCCUAAUCUCUCUUCUCUAUCGUCACUAGGAAUCAAACUACCCAUACGAACCUCAUUCAGUCCCAUCCGACUCUCCCAUUAUCACCAUCAACGUCACCAUAACAGACAACCCAAGCCAAUCAGCUCUUGUCGUCGCUACCACCCCACAUCACGGCUGCCGGUGCCGAAGAGGAGGACUACGACGAUUUCGUUAUUACCAUCAUCUCUCUGCUUCUCCAGAAGCUUCUCUCAAUCCUCCUCAAUCACCAGCAACAACGCGGCUGAAAUCCCUACCCUCCACCACUUCAUUAUCAAUGCCCAAGCCUCUCUCACUUCUUCUCCUUCUUCCCAAACCCUAUCCGACCUGGUACCUGCUUCUGAAACUCUUCCUAUGGGCCGCAUAUAUCACGAAACUUAUGGAUGUCAAAUGAAUGUCAAUGACAUGGAAAUUGUCUUAUCUAUUAUGAAGAAAGCCGGAUACAGUGAAGUUGUGGAGGUUCCGGAGAGUGCAGAGAUAAUUUUUAUAAACACUUGCGCAAUCAGGGAUAAUGCAGAACAGAAAGUAUGGCAGAGGCUUAAUUAUUUUUGGUUUCUAAAGAGGCAUUGGAAGAGCAAUGUCGCUAUCGGGAGGUCACAGUCUGUUCAUCCUCCAAAAGUUGUUGUGUUGGGGUGCAUGGCUGAAAGGUUAAAGGAUAAGAUAUUAGAUGCAGAUAAAAUGGUUGAUGUGGUAUGUGGUCCUGAUGCUUACAGAGACUUGCCACGACUUUUAGAAGAGGUAGACUAUGGUCAAAAGGGGAUCAAUACUCUUCUAUCACUUGAAGAAACUUAUGCUGAUAUCAGUCCCGUGCGUAUCUCAAAAAAUUCAGUUGGUGCUUUUGUUUCCGUAAUGAGGGGGUGUAAUAACAUGUGUUCCUUUUGCAUCGUUCCUUUCACCAGAGGCAGAGAACGGUCACGUCCUGUAGAAUCAAUCGUGAGAGAGGUGGCAGAGCUUUGGAAAGAAGGUGUGAAAGACGUGACACUUCUGGGUCAAAACGUAAACAGUUAUAAUGAUGCUUCAGGUGCGGAGGAAGAGGUUGAAUCAGGAUCGGAUUGGAAGUUCAGUGAAGGGUUUUCCAGUACGUGCAAGGUGAAAAAAAUGGGUCAACGAUUUGCUGAUCUUUUGGAUCACCUUGCAGUACAGUUUCCGGAGAUGCGGUUCAGAUACACAUCUCCACACCCUAAAGAUUUCCCCGAUGAAUUACUGUAUGUAAUGCGAGACAGAUAUAAUAUCUGCAAAAGUAUCCAUUUGCCUGCACAAACAGGGAGCACCACUGUACUUGAAAGAAUGCGCAGGGGUUAUUCUCGAGAGGCAUAUUUAGAUCUUGUGCAAAAGAUCCGGAGAAUUAUCCCUGAUGUCGGGUUAAGCAGUGACUUCAUAUGUGGCUUCUGUGGCGAGACGGAAGAGGAACACAAAUACACUGUUAGCCUUGUGAAGGCCGUAGGCUAUGACAUGGCAUACAUGUUUGCAUAUAGCAUGAGGGAGAAAACCCAUGCCCAUAGGAACUACGUUGAUGAUGUUCCUGAUGCCGUCAAGCAGAGGAGACUUACAGAACUCAUCGCUGCUUUCCGCGAGAGCACAGGUCCAUGUUUUGACAUCCAAAUUGGUACUACACAACUUGUGCUAGUUGAAGGACCGAAUAAGAGAGCCCCAGACACAGAGCUCAUUGGCAAGAGCGACAGAGGCCAUAGGGUAUCUUUUGCUAAUUUGCCAGUCCCAGAUAGGGAUUGUUAUGAUGGGAAGAGGAAUCCAAGGGUUGGAGAUUUUGUGGAAGUUCGGAUAUCAAAAUCGUCAAGAGCAUCAUUGUUUGGAGAAGCCCUUGCGAUAACUAAGUUAAGCUCAUUUUACAACAGUGUGCGUGAUGAAGAUGUCGCCUAUGCAAACAGAACUUGAGUUUCUUUUAAUGGUUGUUUAUUAAUUUUUGAUCUUCUGUUAUGACUAUAGAUGGUUUGUAUUUUUUGGCAGUAGUGGUCCAUCUUGACUGCAUAUUCCUACAGAGCUGCAUUGAUGGGGGUUGUCGCUUCAUCUGAUAAAACCUACCAAUUCCUAUUUUUCUUCGAUA